GUUUCUAACAUGCAUACUUUACUGCAAAAUAGAACGAUGAACAAUAACCAUUUAAUCACUUAAAACCAACAAUUAAUCGCAAUUAAUUGACGAAUUUUGAUGCUCAGGAAAAAUUAAAACAGUAGUGCAUAUAAGAGACAAGAGCAACCAACACAUCGUCCAUUAAACAGCGCUUCGAAUACAACUCUUCUGGAAGCAUGAAGAACCAUGCGUGUGAGUUGAUUUUUCUUUUUUCUUAAAAUUCGUCAAUUAAUUGCGAUUAAUUGUUGGUUUUAAGUGAUUAAAUGGUUAUUGUUCAUCGUUCUAUUUUGCAGUAAAGUAUGCAUGUUAGAAACACGAUUUCAAUAGUAAUAAUAAUUCUCUAUAGUCUCUCAGAGCUUUAAGCCGAAGAGUCCAGUAAACAACUGUCAUCAGCAGAUCAAGAUAAUGAACUUACUGAAGAAGAUACUACUGAUGAAGAAGAAGAAACAACAACAGAAAUGUUAGACGAUGUGGAUGAAUUAGAUAUCGAUUGUGGUGGUCGUGUUGAAAUGAGAAUCACUGAACAAACAGCAAAACAAGGAAAAUGUUAUUUAUUUUCGAUUAAAUCAGGACAUUUAGUUUUAUAUGAUGCGCAUAAAUCAAUGAGAAAAACAUCUGAAUUAAAUUUAACAGCCGAUAGUAAUAACAUCUCGAAAGAACAACCGAAUACAGUUGGAUAUGUUUCUGUGUCAUUACCAUAUCAAAUAGAAAGAUGUGUACAUAUUCCUGGAUCGGAGACAAUUUACGUGUGGAGUAAUGAAAAUGUUUACAAAGUAAUUAAAAUCAAGUUGAGCUUAGCCAGCAAGAUUGCAUCUUUAAAUGCUGAGAAACACACAUGGUUAGAUGCCGAAUAA